GACAGGUAGACAGAAGGAGAGAGAGCAGUAAAAGGGAAGGAAGUCAGCCAGGAAGACGCAGGCCCAUUGGCCAGGCAGAACCAGUGUGUCCCCUGACUGAGAGGAGGUACAGAGACAGGCAGAGAGGGCAAGUAGGUGGCAUGUUGUGUGGGGACAGCUGUUGUGACUCAAAUGCCAGCCUGGGCCACUGGGCAGGUGUAGAUGGCCUCCUAGGCUGUCUGGUGUUUAUCUGGCUCCGGGUCUGGGGUCUGACGCACAUGGCACCUGGCUGCUGGUGGGACUGGACUGCACUUGCAUCUAGCCACUUCCGGCCACUUGGCCUGGGCCUGGGCAAUCAGUGUUGCCUUUUCAGGGCCAAGCCCCCCCCACCCCCCUAUCAGGACUUUCCGGGCUCCAGAGGUCACUGGGCAGGCAGCACAGCCGCUGCCAAAACAAACCAGCCCCCGUGACUUGUAGGAAAGUGGCUGGGGGAAGGGCCGGGCCGCCAGGCACAGGAAAGGCUAGAGGAGGCCCAUGGCGGCUUGGACUUGCUCAGAGGAAGGGGACCGGCGUGGAAGCAAAUGCGAAUGGACGGCUACAUAGCCACAAGCAUGGUGGGACUAGAAAAGCCAGAACUUUGAAGCUCAUUCCUCCAGUUUAGAAUCCCACCCUUCGGGCCUCUGAGCACACCUGAGUGCCCGCUGCAAGUGUGAGGCCAGGCUGGUGGCUGAGCCUACCCGGGCCAACCCCUUCAGGCCCCGCCCCACCAGCCAGGUGGCCUCAGUGGCAGCCAGUCCUGGGGUCCGCCCUUCCCCGCCCCGUCUCCGCCUCCCACCCAGCCCCCUCCUCCUCAGGUGAGGCUGCAGGCUCAGCAGGGCCCACGCUGCUGACUGCCGCUGCCACCCCUGCCUCCCGCGCUGCCCGCGGCUGUGGGGACGCCAUGCCCCUACCCAGGCCCGGAGACUAACCCCAAACCCGCACCAUCUCCAGCGGACCCCAGGGUAAGGCGCAGAAUGCGGAGCCCCUUGCCCCCCACCAAUCUGACGCCCACCAGCCCAUACAAGGGAUCUCAGGAACCCCAGAUCACCUCCACCCUGCUUUUCCUGCAAGCUCAGACAUCCGAGGACUCCCCAAAGUUUUUCAGCCCUCAAGUGCCCUGGAGUUGCAGUCUCGGCCCUCCAGGCUCUGCCUCGCCACUCCAGGUGUCCCCCUGGUGGCUGGUCACACAUUGCCACCAUUGACCCCCUCCCAACCUCUUGCAUGCUCUGUCCCCAGCGCAGGGCCAGCUGCUCCCUGGAUGAGAGCCUGGGACUGGGGGCGCCAGGACAGAGCCAAGCCAGGCUCCCCCAGGUCGUGCCUCCUUGUUCCUGUCCCUAGGUCCCGCCCCGGCCCAACAGGUCAACCUGGGAAUCAUUAACAAGAGUCUCUGACAUGGCGAAGAAAGAGGAUGGGGAACCUGGGACUCACAGAGGCAGUUUCACGUGUCCAAGACCCCAGCCAGGAAAGGGUGUCCGGACUGCAUCAUGUUGCUCCAGACCCAAAGUGUUGGCCCUCACUGUGGGGACUCUGCUGCUCCUGACAGGCAUUGGGGCCGCAUCCUGGGCCAUUGUGACCAUCCUACUUCGGAGUGACCAGGAGCCGCUGUACCCAGUGCAGGUCAGCCCCGGGGACUCACGGCUUGCGGUGUUCGACAAGACGGAGGGGACCUGGAGGCUGCUGUGUUCCUCACGCUCCAACGCCAGGGUGGCAGGGCUCAGCUGUGAGGAGAUGGGCUUCCUCAGGGCCCUGGCACACUCGGAGCUGGAUGUGCGGACCGCGGGCGCCAACGGUACAUCGGGCUUCUUCUGCGUGGAUGAGGGCGGCCUACCAACGGCUCAGAGGUUGUUGGAUGUCAUCUCUGUGUGCGACUGCCCUAGAGGCCGAUUCCUGACUGCCAUCUGCCAAGACUGUGGCCGCAGAAAACUGCCAGUGGAUCGCAUUGUGGGUGGUCAGGACAGCAGCCUGGGAAGGUGGCCAUGGCAGGUCAGCCUGCGUUAUGAUGGGACCCACCUCUGUGGGGGAUCCCUGUUGUCCGGGGACUGGGUGCUGACAGCCGCGCAUUGCUUUCCAGAGCGUAACCGGGUCCUGUCUAGAUGGCGAGUAUUUGCUGGUGCUGUGGCCCGGACCUCACCUCAUGGCGUGCAACUAGGUGUUAAGACUGUGAUCUAUCAUGGGGGCUACCUUCCCUUUCGAGACCCUACUAUUGAGGAGAACAGCAAUGAUAUCGCCCUGGUCCACCUCUCCAGCCCCCUGCCUCUCACAGAAUACAUCCAGCCGGUGUGUCUCCCUGCUGCGGGACAGGCCCUGGUGGAUGGCAAGGUCUGUACUGUGACUGGCUGGGGCAACACACAGUUCUAUGGCCAGCAGGCUGUGGUGCUCCAAGAGGCCCGGGUCCCCAUCAUAAGCAACGAAGUCUGCAACAGCCCUGACUUCUAUGGGAAUCAGAUCAAACCCAAGAUGUUCUGUGCUGGUUAUCCUGAAGGUGGCGUUGAUGCUUGCCAGCAUCUCUGGGACGUCAAGAUGGCGGCUAUGUGGCAUCGUAAGCUGGGGAACGGGCUGCGCUUUAGCCCAGAAGCCAGGAGUGUACACCAAAGUCAUUGACUUCCGGGAGUGGAUCUUCCAGGCCAUAAAGACUCACUCCGAAGCCAGUGGCAUGGUGACUCAGCCCUGACCCAGCCUCACCUCGCUGCUUUGUGCUGCACAUGCCUCCAUGGAGUUGGGUGAUGCCUCCAGCCUCACAUGGCAGGCUCCACACGGGGCCUCACACAGAGCAGUUUUCUUCACAGACCCAGUCCACAGGUCCGAGGACUCUCUUCCCCAGUGGCUGGCCCACUCAGUCUUGGGGCCACUCAGCCUCAACCUCCCACCCCAUGUAUAUAUGUUACUCUGUUCUCUGGGGGUUGCUCUCCAGGCACCCCAGUGGGAAUACUCUUUAAAUAAUAAA